AGCAUUCUCGCAUAGUAAAAGUGUUCUCGCACUUUCUGAGGUUUUUAAAUUGAGCAUCUGCAUACGACGUAUACCUAAGUAAUUCAUUUUAAUACUGCAAUGACGAUGGCAGAAUUCUGACUUUCGCUUACGAGAAAGUACUUACGCAAAUCUCCUGCACAAAAUGCGUAAUUAGUAGACCUUAUGUUAACAGUUAACAUAAAAUACAGUGCUUUUGAAUGCUUUUCAGCAAAUGCCACUUAGCGUUGUGCUCCGGUCUAGAUCCUGCAAUCAGUAAUUUUUCCAGUCCACACCAGAACCUGCUUUAAGUGCAACUGAACUGCCAUUUAACUAGCAUGAGUUUGACUGUGCCUCAAGCACCACCAACAGAACCAUGGAAAUCCGAACUGGAGAUUAGUUUGCUGCAACUGUCUAACCUUAAUCGUGCAAAGUGUAAGGAUAGCGGUUGGAGCUUAGUUAUUCGUGCGCUGACAAUUGGGAAUGCUGCGGUCGAGACACCGAAGUUGCAGAUCGUUUCCCUUACCGAAAAUCUGAACCAGAAGAUCAUUCUUCCUGUCACAGUCCAGUCUUAUCAGGACCUAGAUGAUUUCGUUCAUUAUCCGUUACUAUUAAAUUUCUACGAAAUUACGGCCAUUCCACCAAAAGAUAAGAAGAAACCAACGGAAGAUAAGCUUGACCUUUUGGGUCAGUGCUCGAUCGACACCCUACCAUUUCUCAACGGUGUGAAGGAGAUUCAAAGUACCACUACGAUCUUUUCUCCUAGUGGAAUAGAGUCUAAUGCUGCGCAUCCAGAUAGUCCGGAGUGUAAAAUCUCAAUCAGGCUUUUGACCCCGCUAAUUCCACCCGUCUUCGAGCAGCAGUUUAACCUGCUCACCUUGACAGUACAUUCGUGUUAUUCGCUACCAGAAACAUGGCUGCCACCAGUCCCAACGCAUGGGGCGCAAAAGAGCGCUGCUAAUGCCUCUAGUUCGGGAUUCACUUUUGCGACGGCUUUUCCCAGAAAUGGCGCUGUAGAGCGUACACUGCUCGCCAGCAAUAAGACCAUCAUUCAGAGACCGAGUCAGAAGAACGUCUUUAAAAAAUGGCCAUCCCAUCCACUCAUUGUUACCGACGCCAUCUACAUGACUCAGAAGCUUAACGAGAAAAAUUAUGCUGUAGAAACAGGCAGUAUGUGUGCCUCAACCGACUGGUUGCACCGGGACGUGGUGGAGCGGCAGAAUCCGUGUAUUGUUGUCAAUACAGAAUUUCGCUGCAUACUGCCGAGUGAUGGAGAAGAAGCUUUUCGUGCAAAAGCGAUGGCACGAAAAAUCUGGCCAUUUGAGCUAUUCGAGCUCACACUGCCUGAAAAACAUCCCGGAGGAAAAAAGAAAGCCAAUGUUGAAGCGACAAAUCCCGAUGAACCUGUGGUCAGUCGUCACGGUGUAGCAUAUGUCGAUGUAAAACCGCUUUUGUUUCCUGGAGCAACCCGGAUCCAGGGAGCAUUUCCGAUCAAAGCCUACGAUCCGAAUGAGUUUGCAGAAAGGACUCAUCGCGUCAGCAUAGGCGCUGAUGUUGCGAAAGCUGCUGGAGAACCAUCGACGACUAUUUCGUUGGAUACCAAAGACACGCGUUUAAGUGUGGGCUCGAGGAAUCGCAGUGACAUGGGCGUUUUACAUAUAUCUCCUGACAAAUCAGGGUCUAACAAUCCCAAAUCAAACCCUGAUAUACCGCCUCAUGGUGGCACUCAAAAUGUCGAGCAAAGAAAGUACGAGGAGAGUAUGACAUAUGUGUACUUGGAGAUGAAAGUCGAAAAGCCGCUAAUUUUGGAGACGCCAAAGAAACCCAUAAUUGAUCGCUUGAAGCAGCUCAUCAAGCCACUGAAACAAUCAGCUGAGAUAAAACGUCCACAAGAAAAUGCUCGGUUAGCGGAGCUAUCGGUCCAUUCACAAAUGGAGAGGAUGCAUAACCAGGUUGCUAAAUUCUAUCAGAGCUGUGUGACCUCUGACGCAAAAAGAAACGAUAUCGACAAGAGUGUGCGCUUUAUUCAGGAACGUAUGUGCGAAAGCGGGGAUUUUCAUGCUUUUAAAGAAGAGCUGAAGCUGCAUAUUAUCCAGCUGGUACGAAACAAGUAUGAUUUGCAGCCAUCAAUCACGAAUGACAGACCAUCGUUUCACAGAUUUCUGUCGACGCUAUACUGCGAUCUCAUACGGCAGUCUCGAGUGGCUUUUGCGGCGGUAAGACGCUCCGGCUAUCGCUCUGUGGUUAGCGAAACAACUACAAAAACACUGGAAGGCCUGCGUAUGGUGGCCCUGGAAUCCGAAAUGGAUGAAGAAUUAGAGGAAGCAGAGAAGCUUAUGCGAGAGAGAACCAGACUCUUCCCAAAAGACAGCAGUGCAUGGAAGGAGCUUGGAAUGUUUUAUUGCCGGCAUGGGGACAUCAGAAAAGCCGAUCAAGCAUUCAUAGAAUGCUUGCUGGAUGACUACUCGAACUUCGAAGGGCUCGUAUGCUUAGGUCACUUGAAGCUCCUCGAUGAACAACUGAAAGAAGCUUCAAUCAUCUUCGAAUCCAUUUCCAUUUUGUAUCCGGAUUCCCCCUUGGCCUGGACGAUUUUGGGGUUAUUCUACGAAUAUUGCGGUCAAGAUUCCUCCGGCAUGCGCGGUGUUUUGCAAGAUCUUGCCUAUCAUCGAGCCAAUGAGAAGCUCGGAGUAGACGACAAAAAGCGCCAAAACUAUCAAGAAUUUCUUAGGAUAGUGGAAGAGCAACGCAGCACAGAAGCGGCGACUGGUACCGGCGAUCCAACCCGCUUGGUUCCAAGCAGUCCAACAAGCCGCCCUAAAUCAGAUAUGGACGCCAAGAUCGUGCCAUCGACGGCACCAAAAGGCGGAUCCAAGAAAGACAAUAAGGGUCUUUUAUCGGGCGUAAGCCAAGCAGACUCUGACAAAACCCGGGAACCGAGCAAACCGGAAAGCAACUUCAGUCCCAUCUCCAACAUGGCGUCGGUGGGACCUAAGCAGCACAUCCCCGUUGACAAUAUAUUUUGGACAGCCUUGGGAGGUUUGGUGGGUCUGGAACUGCAUCAACUUGCUGAACUUUGUAUCAGCGAGCACUUAACAGGCUCCUGUGAUACUGCUGAUCCAGUGUUAUGGAGAGCGGCUGUGUUGCUGAACAUUACCCAGAAAAAACUUACAGAGGCGGAAAGUGUUUUGAUGGGUAUAAUGGCAAAGGAUGUCGAAACCGCUGAUGUCUUUGCAUUUAUGGGACACAUCAUGUACUUACAAAAAAAUGACGUAGAAGCAGCUGACAAUUACGACCGAGCCCUGUCGUUGUCAACGGAAGUAUCUGAUCCUUUUCCACUCUAUUUUCGCUACGGCCGAUUGUCACAACGGAAUCGGAAUUAUGAAAAAGCGUACGAAAUGUACUUUGCGGCAGCACGGCUUCAAGCGAGCUGCAAGACUUGGCUUGGAGUAGGCUGGGCAUGCUACCACCUGGAAAUGUAUAGCGAGUGCGAAAUUGCACUGCAAGAAGCUAAUUUUCUUGAUAAUAAGAAUUCGGCUGUAUGGGCAUAUUUAGCAAUGGUCAACGUUAAAUUUAAUAGGAGAGAUACAGCUAUAAAGUGUCGCAAUGCUGCAGUUGUCUACGGAAUCGAAAAUCACUCUGUUAUCUUUGACGAGAUGGAGAAUACAUUUACCCAGAUCGAUAUGCAAUGAACUCCCUACGAAUUAGAACAACGCAUAUACUUCUACUAUUAUUAAUUUAACGCUAAAUAUUAAAUACUUAUCUGACCGUUUAUGGACAAAUUUGAGCACUAAAUUAAUCUUUAUCAACUCCUGCUUAAAUCAAUUUUCCUUUUGAUGUACAUUCAAGUACGUAACCAAUUCAUUCAUUCGAUGUACAGUAUUUCAGCCGAUGCCGGCAUGAUACCGACAUCUAUAUAAGCGCAUAUAUUACUUAUGUUAAUAAUAAAUUCGUAUUAUUAAAUAUAGGAUUCCACCAGUAAUCGUAGCAACCCUGUUCGGUAGAUGUUCCAUCGCGAAAAAAACAUAUCUUCAUAUUACCAAAAGAAUACAAUGAAGACCAGGCAUGUUGCAGAAUAACGGCUUCCCAAGUUUUCGCAACGCCGUGAUAUAGCAUGAUUUAUAUGAUAAUGAUCUGCAGCCUUCGGAACGGACAGAUGCGAUACAUUCGCUGGUUUGAUACGAAGAUAAUGCCGACCCAAAUGGAGGAACGUCGAAAGUUGAUUGCUAAUUUGCUGAUAGAAAUUCAGUCACGAGCUACCGGUAAACCUUUAGAAAAUCAACGACCUGCAAGUCCGUCCAAACAAGAACCGGGCUCCAUAACAUAUGCUGCGGAGAAAAG